CCAAUUUAUCCUGGGUUGCAGUAAGUUAGAGCUGCUUAGAUUUAACACUUCAGCACCUGAAUGGUGGGGAGAGGGGGAAGUAACUUCUGGUCUUCUAUUAUUUAACUAAUUUUCCUCCACUCUGUGGCUUUGCAUAUCGUCACAGCUGUGCUUCACCUACAAACUGCCAAGAUGUCCAGGGUAGCAAAAUACAGAAGGCAAGUCAGUGAAGAUCCAGAUAUUGAUAGCUUAUUGUCUACUUUGUCUCCAGAGGAGAUGGAAGAGCUAGAAAAGGAGUUGGAUGUGGCUGAUCCGGAUGGAAGUAUCCCUGUGGGGCUCAGGCAGAGAAACCAAACUGACAAGCACUCAACUGGCUUAUACAACCGAGAAGCAAUGCUCAACUACUGUGAAAAGGAGACGAAGAAACUUAUUCAGCGGGAACUGUCAGUGGACGAAGGGAUGCCAGCAGAGAGGAAGAGAGACCCCAGGAACCUGGAAGGAAAGGGCAAGGAAGCUCGUUCCCAAGACCUUGUCAGGAAACGAGACUUUGAUCUGGGAAAAGAACGUAACAAAGGAGAAUGUGCUCAGAAAACAAGUUACAAAGGAAAGGAAGAAUUAGAGAGUAAAUGCAUUGAAAAACCCAAAGGAGAAAAGACCCCCAAGGACAAAGACAAGACCAUUGACAAAAAACUCAUAGGAAAGGACAGAAAGGAAGAAGAAAAGAGUGCAGCACCAAAGAAAGAGCUAGGAAAGGACAGAAAGGAAGAAGAAAAGAGUGCAGCACCAAAGAAAGAGCUAGGAAAGGACAGAAAGGAAGAAGAAAAGAAAAAGAGUGCAGCACCAAAGAAAGAGCUAGGAAAGGACAGAAAGGAAGAAGAAAAGAGUGCAGCACCAAAGAAAGAGCUAGGAAAGGACAGAAAGGAAGAAGAAAAGAGUGCAGCACCAAAGAAAGAGCUAGGAAGGAAUAGAAAAGGAGAAGAAAAGAGAGAAAAGGAGAGUAAAGAAGAAGAAGAAAGGUGUUCAGCUUUAAAGAAAUACUCAAAGGUUGAUAGUAAGGAGAAAUCACUUACAGACUCCAACGGUGUCACUGAGGAAAAGGCUCCUCUAGCACCAGAGACGGAGCCUAAACAGAUCCCAGAAAACAGCUCCUUAAAACCUGUGGAUAGCCCCCCAAGCCAGACCAAGGAAGAGGAAGAAGCAGCCUCCAGUAUCUUUGAUGAGCCCUUAGAAAGAGUGAAGAAUAAUGAUCCAGAGAUGACAGAAGUCAAUGUCAAUAACUCCGACUGCAUCACUGGUGAAAUCCUGGUGCGCUUCACAGAGGCCUUGGAAUUUAACACCAUGGUCAAAGUGUUUUCACUGGCCAAUACCCGUGCUGAUGACCAUGUCGCAUUUGCCAUCGCCAUUAUGUUGAAGUCAAACAAGACACUAACCAGCAUCAAUCUGGACUCUAACCACAUCACAGGUAAAGGGAUCCUGGCCAUCUUCCGUGCGCUGCUGCAGAACAACACCCUGACAGAGCUGCGUUUCCAUAACCAGAGACACAUCUGCGGGGGGAAGACAGAGAUGGAGAUAGCCAAGCUACUGAAGGAGAAUACCACCCUCCUGAAGCUGGGCUAUCAUUUUGAACUGGCAGGUCCCCGCAUGACAGUCACAAACCUGCUGAGUAGGAACAUGGACAAGCAGAGGCAGAAACGGCUGCAGGAACAGAAGCAGGUUCAGGAACGUAGCGAGAAGAAGGACCUGCUAGAGGUGCCAAAGGCAGGCGGCUUGCUAAAGGGGUCCCCCAAGCCUUCGCCACAGUCAUCCCCAAAAUCUUCCCCGUGGUCUUCCCCUAAAAGUUCUCCUAAGAAGGGUGGGCCUCCGGCUGCACCUCCCCCACCCCCACCUCCACUAGCCCCACCCCUGAUCAAUGAAAAUAUAAGGAAUUCUCUCUCUCCAGCCACCCAGAGGAAGAUGGUGGAGAAGGCACUUCCUGCUCAGGAGAAGAACUCAAGGGACCAGCUAUUGGCGGCCAUUCGAUCCAGCAAUGUCAAACAGCUAAAGAAGGUGGAGGUCCCAAAACUAUUGCAAUAGGACAUGGAAGCUGGAUCUCCCGCAUGGAUGAGACCUGUGGCAGAAAAUAGGACAUUAGCCUUUCUUAUGACUGUUUACAUGACCAGUCCUUGGGGACUCUGCAGUGGCCACCUGCCUGCCCCAGAGCUGGAGGAGCAGUGUUCUCUGUGGGGUCCAACUGAGGGGGGCAGCCCUGAGAAGGGCCCUGGGGUCAUUGGAUGCAGUGUGUGCGGCAGACCUGGUAUUCAUUUUUACAAUUUAAAAAAUCUUAAAGCUCUUUCUUUUAGCCAGCACCAGCAUGCGACGUGCCAGUGCAAGAUGGGGGCAGGGUUACAGGAAUGGGGGGAGGGUGGUUGUUCCUGUUGCUGCUGACAGAGUUUGGAGCGUGCGUAGUUACCAAGUGCAGCAGAUGCAGGAUGGAUGUCCCUAAAUGUCUGGGUCCACAUCUCCAGAACCACGUGGCUCUGCCAAUACAGAACAGCACACAGACAGCAACCGGCACCCCAAAGAGCCUUGCUUUGCUCUCAGCUUGGAGGCUGUCGGGCAGAACUGGCAGCGGGACAUUGUCUAGAGUGAUGCAGAGCCAAACUCAGGAAAAUGCUUGGGGGAGAAAUGAAUUGCCAUUCCUCUCUGCAGGUUCAGGAUCUCCAGUGCCCUGAAAAGGAAAAGGGAACGUACGGUGCAAGGGGAGAGACGCUGACUACCACAGACAGUUAGUAUUGGCUGAAUGUGUUGCGGGGGGCUGGGGAGAUACACCUGAUGCUGAUAUUUUGUGUAAAGAAAUAACUGAAAUUUGCAGAGGGCUGGCCCAGAGAUGUCACCUCCCCCCAGUAUCUUCAGGGCUCAGUGCAGCCACUGUCUAGUGCCAUGCUUUACAUGACUGAUCCUGCUGUUACUGUGCUGCUGCCCUUAGUGCUGGACACACAUGGUGGGGACUGGCAAGCAGAAAGCAGGGUUUUUGCUGAGAGAACACUGCUCCUGGUUUUCAGACCCAGCUGUCCAUGAGGGAGGCACUGGGAAGGAUGUGCUUGGCUUGCAGGCUGUAGCCCAGCAUGCCCAGAGCCCUCACUUUGCAUGUGACAUGUGUGUGCUCUAGCUCAGCUUUGUCAAUGGCCGUGGGGCUGUGCGUGCUCCCCACCCACCUGCCCUUCAGCUGAGCACAAUGGAGGGCAGGUUCAGAGGUGGCGCUAGCACAUGUACCUCAGGGGCAGCCCAGCCUGGCUGACGCACACUCUGCUUUUCUCGGGAGUGCAGGCAACUGGAUUUGUCUCGCUAUUGGCUUCACAGACUGUAACUUUCCAAGGAGGCUCUGAACUCCCAGGAGAUUUGCCGACCUUAGCACAGGAACAGCUGCAGCUGCAGCGCUGCUUUCCAAUGGCCCCUAAUCCCCUGGAAGAAAUAGCUAAGGGUUAAUGAUCAGAGUUGCUCCUUGUGCACCAUUCAGUGUGGAGUGAAAAAUGUGUGGGGAUGAGGGGCCUGUGUGCCAGUGGAGGGGGGUGUCUGUCAGUGGAGCAGAGGAGGGUGGGGUCUGUGCUGGGUGGGACAGCAGGAGGGUGGGUCCUGUGCUGGUGGAGCAGAAGCAGGGGAGUCUGCGCCAGUAGAGAGAGCAGGGAGGUCUGCC